CCUCCCCUUCUUUAUCUAAAGGAAGUGCCAAAAUAAGCAUCAGCAGCGGAGCGCCUGAGCACCUUUCCCACUGGUCACUGAGUCGGUGUCCGAGGAAGAAGUCGGAGGAGUUUACGACCGCAGAAUCACCAUGAAGACCAUCAGUGUUCUUGUCCUUGUCCUGCUAGCAUCCAUCCAUGUCUUAACACCAGCUCUGGCAGCAUCACCAGAUGCCACAGCAGCAGUUCCAAAUAUAGCAACAAUACCAGCAACAACCCCAAAGGCAGCAACACCAGUAAGACCAACGGUAGCAAUGGCAGUAACCACAAAGGCAACAACACCAAUAACACCAAAGGCAACAACACCAGUAACACCAAAGGCAACAACACCAGUAACACCAAAGGCAACAACACCAGUAACACCAAAGGCAACAACACCAGUAACACCAAAGGCAACAACACCAGUAACACCAAAGGCAACAACACCAGUAACACCAAAGGCAACAACACCAGUAGCACCAAAGGCAGCAACAGGAACCCCAAAGGCAGCACCAACAACACCAGCCACAGCAGUUUCCACUUCUCCUCAUAGUGCCAUCAGCAAAACUCCUGAGAAUGCAACAACUGAUGUAACCGAAGCAGCUAAGAAGGCCAUGACUUCAGCUGCCACAGCAUCUGCAGACCGCAAGACUGUGGCCCCUACAGCCACCGUUGUCCUCCAGAUUAACAGUACAACUCUUCCUGCCAAAGAUCCUCUGUCUGGCAAUCUGGGAAUAACUCAGUUCUCCAAAUCAGACAACAGGCUGUGGUGGAUUCUGUUGCCUGUCCUCUUGGUUGGAGCUGCCGCCAUCAUUGUCCUCAGAUUCACAUGCAAGAAGAUCCACGAUCACUCGGAGACCAUUGAUACUGGAACUGAGAACGCAUCUUUCCAGAGCAGACCCGAAAGCACCAAAGAUGCUGUCUUGCUCCUCGGAAUGAAGUCCUCGUUUGGAGAAGAAAAUGCUGCCUCAAGAUAAGAAAAAAAAAUUAAGAAGGGCAGCAACAUGAAGAUCGGCCAGUGGAUGAGUCACACCUGCUGCCCACACAGCGAUUGUCUUGAGGAACCAUUUGGAUGUUUGAUUUAGUGAAAUAUUUAGAAACAUUUUGGGAAGCAGAAAAAUAUGCAUUAUUCUGUGUGUUGAAAGCAGCUCUGUUUGAGACUGUGAUAAUAAAUCUCAGAGUAAGGGAACUUAGUUUCAACCAUAAUAUGUUCCCAUGGACUUGAAUUGAAAAUAUAGGCUAAACACUUUAAACAGAUUAAUCAUUGCCUGUGGAAUUGAGUAAAUUAAGUUAAUCUAUGCACCCUUUAUUUCAGUAUACUGUUGACAAAGACAAACCUAAAUACAGCUAAUUUUUGUCUACAUGAUGGGCCACGUCACACAUCUUCUAUACAGUGCACUGACCUCAGAUCCAUCACGUUUGAUGUAAUGAAUCACUGUCAGUUUCAUAGUUUUAGAAUUGUCUUUUGGUUGUGUUGUUUCAUCAUGUAUGUGCCUUCAACUGUUUUUAUCGAUUGUCAUGUUUUGGGGGUUGUGGUUUUUUUGUGUGUCAUUUAAUUUCACCAAACGAUGGCAUUGGAACUGGCUCAUUUGAGGUGUAAUAUUUUUUAUUUUUCAUAUGUAUCAGUGAGGUAUUUCUUAAUAGGUUGUUAAAUAUUCUACCAUGCUUCUUCACUGCAAACGUAUUUUAAGCCAUCAACCUUUCCUCGCAAGUAAGUGCUGUACAUUCAUGCCUGCGAAGGAUUCGCAAUUAUGGGGGUUUUAAGAUUUGUGUUCCUCCAAUAAAUAUUCAAGCACAAUAAAUAAGUAAAGCAGAUGCAGGGGGUUGUUUUUAAAGACACUGUAACUGCUUUAUGGCUGGAUUUUGUUGCUCUCAAGCUCAAUUUCCUCAAUAAAUCACUAG